UCACAGGAACUCAUGGAGCCAGAAGCUGGGACCAACAUGACAGCCAUUACUGAGUUCAUUCUACUGGGCCUAGUGGAAACAGAAGCGAUGCAGUCUGUGGUCUUUGUGCUCUUCUUCUUUGCCUACCUGAUCACAGUUGGGGGCAACCUCAGCAUCCUGGCAGCCAUCCUGGUGGAGCCCAAACUCCACACCCCCAUGUACUUCUUCCUGGGGAACCUAUCAGUGCUGGAUGUUGGGUGCAUCAGUGUCACUGUUCCCUCCAUGUUGGGUCGUCUCCUGUCCCACAAGCGUACAGUUCCCUAUGGAGCCUGCCUCUCCCAACUCUUCUUUUUCCAUCUUCUGGCUGGGAUGGACUGCUUCCUGUUGACAGCCAUGGCCUAUGACCGAUUCCUGGCCAUCUGCCGGCCCCUCACCUACAGCACUCACAUGAGCCAGACAGUCCAGAGGAUAUUGGUGGCUGUGUCUUGGGCUUGUGCCUUCACCAAUGCACUCACCCACACUGUGGCCAUAUCCACACUCAACUUUUGUGGUCCCAAUGUGAUCAACCACUUCUACUGUGACCUCCCACAGCUCUUCCAGCUCUCCUGCUCCAGCACCCAACUCAAUGAGCUGCUGCUCUUUGUAGCAGCAUCCUUCAUGGCUGUGGCCCCCUUGGUCCUCAUCACUGUGUCUUAUGUCCACGUGGUAGCUGCUGUGCUACGAAUCCGCUCUACCCAGGGCAGGAAGAAAGCCUUCUCCACAUGUGGCUCCCACCUCACUGUGGUGGGCAUCUUCUAUGGGACAGGCGUCUUCAGCUACAUGAGGCUGGGUUCAGUGGAGGCUUCAGACAAGGACAAAGGGGUUGGGGUUUUCAUGACUGUUAUCAAUCCCAUGCUCAACCCACUCAUCUACAGCCUCAGAAACACUGACGUUCAGGGUGCUCUGUGUCAGGUCCUUGUGGGGAGGCAGUCACUGACCUGA